UAGGAACUCUCUCAUGAGUUUGAGAAUAGGGUACCUGGCAACACUGAUGAGAAGUUAGACGUCAAACUGAAGUGUCACGUGCAAAAAGAAGACAUAAAGCAAAGGAGGGAACUUUAAAUAUACAAAGAAAUGGCUGGAAAUUACGGUAAAUAUAUAGAUAGAAUGCCACCGAUAUGCGCCGCAGGUAAAGUAUUCGAAGAUCCGUUAACAAGAGCAUCUGUGGCAAAAACUUUUAAAGAAUACACAGUCGAAGAGGUAAUAGAUACUCUUAAAAGCAACGCACAUAUCGUUAAAGAAGAAUUUAAAGAUCCUCUUCCGAAACCACCAAUAGACAAUAAGAAUUUUUACCGUACUAAUACUGAGAUUAGCGGUAUCCUGAAACCAGGAGUUAGCACACGAUAUCAAACUCUGCUUGACGAAUUGGACGAAACAACUCAUGAUUCCUUCUGGAAUAAAGAACUUGGGAAGCAAAAUGACCCGACACCUGCCUUACCAAAAGGAAUGGUCCCGGUACUAGAAAGAUUUGGAAAGAAAAACGAUUACUCGGUAAAAGCUUGUGAUAUCGUUAAUCCCUGUAAAACCCCUUAUGAAGUUUUAACAGAAAGCCAAGUGGGACAUGAAAUGUACGUGAAAUCACAUGGCGAUUAUAACCCAAGUGAAAGAUUACACAGAAAUUACGAAUCCCCUCCUUUCGACAGUAAGAAACGUUUCGGAAGAAGAUACAAUUACGACUACAGAGGAAUUUGGGUGAAAUGCGCCUGCACUUGGCACAUCAGAAAGCCGUAUAUUCACUGUAACAAAAGAAUAACUGAUUUUGCUAAACAUACGAAACACUUUUUAGGGAAACCUUUUGCGCCAAAUCACAAUAUUGAUCGUGUACCAAAAAAUCAUGCUUUCGGCAAACCUACGGACAGGCCCAAUUUCAGUGUCGCUGAAUUACUCAAGGGGCCUAACUACGAACCGUGUAUGUUCCUAAGGGACAUGCACAGUUGGGUAGCAAUGUUGUCAAAGUUGCGGAUAAUAGUGAAGAAAAAAGUAUCCAAGGGAUACCUAGCCUUGAAUGAUUUCUUGAAGACUCUCAAGUAUUACGACAAAGAAAAAUCUGGUCUGAUGGCAAAAGAUCAGUUGUACGAUUUUUGCGAAAAGAAUAACAUUUUGUUUUCAACUGUUGAUCUGGAACCUUUUUUUAAAUUACUUAACGUACUGCAUGAUGAUGGAAUGAUCGAUUAUAAGAAAUUUGUAGAUCUGAUCGAUCCCAACCUUCGUCCACCAGAAUUGAUGCCAGUAAAAGAUGUACCAGAGUCAUGUCUAUAUUACAUUACUAGUGCUGAAGAACUGUCACGUGACCAUCUAUUGGUCGACAAUUCAAAAUUACCAACUGCGGGAAAUCCAUCAUUCAGAACCGAUUUAGCCAGACCUUAUAAAACCGAGGGUAUCCAUAAAGCAGACAUGGACAGCUUACCUAACUUUACCACAAUGAAAACGGUCAUUAAUCCUAGUAUAUAUACGAGAUAUGGAUUGACUUUCAGAGAUUUCUUUUUACCAAGGAAGGCAGAAGUUAUAAGAAAACUCUUUGAGAAAAUCGGUUAUAUGUUGCCUGACGAAGCCUUCCAAAAUCUUUGGAAUGAAGGUGUGGAACACGAUGGCACCGGCUUGUGCUGUGUAGAUACCUUCAAAAAGUUGUUAGAAAAAUAUUAUCCUCCUCCUGCACAACUUCGAGUUGAUGAAACCGACUGUCGGGAUAUUUUUCCUCAUAUUGUAUAAAAUUAUACUAAAAUUGUGUAUAUAAUCAUCAAAAAAAUAUAUUUUAAAAAUAUA